AUGCGACUGGCUCUUGUUCGGCACACGAGUCAGUCGGACUGUGUCUGCUGUACGCGCCGGGAACAUCAGCGGAAUACGCUCUUCAGAGUCAACCGGAAGAAAAACACAAGGGGACUCCUGGAAGUGAUCCCUCACCUGGACUGUGAGAUGUGCAGUGAUAACGUGUGUGAUGCAAAGUGUCCUAGUGGAUGGGAUCGUGGAAAGACACUCAAAAUUUUGACCGAAGCGACAAAAGCGCCCCCGAGGGCUGUCGCCCUGGCGUCCUUUUUGGGGGACUCCUACGCCCUUGGUGCAAGAGCACCACCAGCUAAGGAUCUCCUAGCAUUUGGAUCAGUGCUGCAGCACACACAACACAACAUAGGUCGUGCCGAGCCUCCUGUGGGGGUUGGAGACCCCUGUGCGGGAUGCAAUAAGCCCAUCCUGGACAAAUUCCUACUCAAUGUGUUAGAACGUGGAUGGCAUGCAUCCUGUGUGAGAUGCUGUGAAUGCCUUCAACCCCUCACGGACAAAUGCUUCAGCCGCGAGGCGAAGCUCUACUGCAGAAAUGACUUUUUUCGACGCUACGGCACAAAGUGCAGCGGAUGUGGCCAGGGCAUAGCUCCAUCGGAUCUCGUGAGGCGUCAACGGGAUAAGGUGUUCCACCUCAAUUGUUUCACGUGCUGCGUCUGCAGGAAGCAGCUGAGCACGGGGGAGCACCUCUACGUGCUGGAUGACAAUAGAUUUAUGUGCAAAGAUGACUACACACAGAUGAAGGCAGCCGGUCCUCCAGCAUCCCUUACGGAUUCUCUUAUGGGUUCUGGAUCGGAGGACGAGGAUGACGAUGAUACACAUUUGCGAGGACCACCAAUGGGAUUAGGUCCUCUUGGGCCAAAUGGUCCAGAUUCAGCAGGACCGCUAGGUACAUCAGAUCUCUCAGUACAAAGUAUCAGCACAGACAGUAAAACUGGUCAUGAUGAUUCAGAUCAGGGCUCCCUUGAUGGUGAUCCCGAUGGUCGUGGGGACUCUCAGGCAGAGAACAAGAGUCCUGAUGACGGUGGAAGUGGAUCAAAGCGUCGUGGUCCACGGACGACGAUAAAGGCUAAACAACUGGAAAUCCUCAAGACGGCAUUUAGUCAAACACCAAAACCCACAAGACAUAUUCGUGAGCAACUAGCCAAGGAGACUGGAUUGCCCAUGAGAGUGAUUCAGGUCUGGUUCCAGAAUAAGCGGUCCAAGGAGAGACGCCUCAAGCAGUUGACGAGUAUGGGACGUGGUCCUUUCUUUGGAGGAGCGCGCAAGAUGCGCGGAUUCCCCAUGAACUUGUCUCCCGGAGGUCUCGAUGAUGUCCCACCGAAUUUCCCCUACUUUGCCGGCGAUGGAAAAUUUGAAUUUGGCUACGGCGGACCUCCUUUUCAUCCACACGAUGGACCAUUCUUUCCUGGACAUCCUGGACCAGGACCCAUGCCAUUUAAUGCACCAGGCGGCCCCAUGGAUCAUGCGGGUCCCAUUCCCAUGGUGUCGGAGUUUGCGGGUAUGACGCCUGAUUCGGGCUUCAUGAGCCAACCGACGGGUCCACCGGGCGGCAAUGGCGGUGCUGGGGGACCUGGCGGUGGCCCAGGAGGUGGUGCUGGAGGUGGUGGAGAUAUGCUAGGUGGCCCUCGAGGUGGAUCCCCAGAGUUUCUGAGUGCUGGGAAUUUUUCUGAGCCGCAGAACAUGCAGAAUGAGCAGCUGGUGUGGUAAAAUGAGGCAUCCCGCCGCCUCCUGAUCUCCAUGAUCGCCUGGACGACACCCUGGAUUCGGACGUGGCGUGAGUGACUGUGGGAGCCUAUCCCACUCGAGGAGGCUUGGCGAAUUCCUUCACCUCUUCCCGGACUCGUGAGUGAAACUUUUAAUUCAAUUCCAUUUUGAAGCAAAAUCAAAAGAAAAAAUCCUUUAGCUUCGAGGGAUUGAAAAGUGCGAUUGGAAAGUGUGUGAUGCAUUUAAGAAAGAUCCGGAAAGAAAGGACAAUUUAAAAGACAAUUUUAAGCGCGGGAGUGUUUGAAAAAUUCCUCAAAGAAAUGCAUUUUUCAAAAAAAAAGAAAGAGGUUUUUGUUAGAGAAGAAAAAUCAUGGAUGAAAGAGAAAAUUUUGUUCCCUUUCAUCCCUAGAAUGCUUCAUGAUAUUCAACAUUUUCGUUACAAAUAAUUUGUAAUAAAGAAAAGAGAUAAAGAAAAACGUGGUAGUUUAAUAAAAUUACAUAGGUGUAAAAUAAUUGUGUAAAUAAAUGUAAGAGACUCUCCAAAAGUAGGAUGAGAAAAUGAAGACAUCUCUAAGUUUAUCUUCAAGUGAACACUAAUAUAUCUAUUUUAGCUCAAAGAGAUGGACAUUUUCUUUUGGAAGAUCGUGAAUGGAACCUGUAUAAAAAAAAACCUAUAAAUUGAGAAAUAAUCCAGAGAGGCAAAAAGAAUUCUUCACAGAGAAUUCUCACAAAUUGAAGAAAAAAAAUAUCACGGAAAAUCUUCUAAAAAAAAAAAAAAGAAAAUAGACUUAAGAUGAAGAAAAAUCAUUUAAUCUACUGCAUUUUCUUCCUGUUAAUCUAAUGGAACAAAAAGAAACAUAGAAUCACAAGAAAAAAUCUGAUAAUUUGAUGGAAAAAAAAUCAUAGUCUAAGAGACACACACUAUAAUUAAAAUGCGUCUGAAAUCCAUUGCAAAAUGAAAGAAGAGAAACAAAUAACACAAAAAGAAGAAUCACACGAGAAAAUAAAAAAAAAAUCAGAAAAUUGA